ACCAUCAUCAGCCCACAUCAGCGAUACUUCUUGUAAUCCUGACUGCACAUUCGCCUUUCUACAUACAAUCCAGAGCUUCACACAUAUUUUCUCUUCACAAUGUCUGCUCUUGAGUCUACGCCUUCCAAGCAGGUCGCAUCUGCGAUUGACUCUCUCAAGAUGAACACCUCGCCCGCAAAGAAGCUUGACUUCUCGCCGGCGCAGAAGGAGAACACUUUCAAGCCCAUCGUCGGCAUCCCAGAUGACUUCGAGGAUGACCUUGAGGAGGUUAAGCCUACCGUCGCGCCCACGAUUAAGGAUGAGGAGGCCGAAGAGCCCCUCCUUCAAGAGAACCCUGGCCGCUUCGUCCUGUUCCCCAUCAAGUACCACGAUGUCUGGCAGAUGUACAAGAAGGCCGAGGCUUCUUUCUGGACCGCAGAGGAGAUCGAUCUCUCCAAGGAUCUCCACGACUGGAACAACCGCCUGAACGAUGACGAGCGCUUCUUCAUCUCCCACGUCCUCGCCUUCUUCGCCGCCUCCGACGGCAUUGUCAACGAGAACCUUGUCGAGCGAUUCUCGAGCGAGGUACAAAUCCCCGAGGCGCGAUGCUUCUACGGCUUCCAGAUCAUGAUGGAGAACGUCCACUCCGAGACCUACUCUCUUCUCAUCGACACCUACAUUAGCGAGCCCAAGCAGCGCCGCUACCUCUUCAACGCCAUCGACAACAUUCCCUGCAUCCGCAAGAAGGCUGACUGGGCCAUGCGAUGGAUCUCCGACAAGAACUCUACUUUCGCCAACCGUCUUGUUGCCUUCGCUGCUGUAGAGGGUAUCUUCUUCAGCGGCUCCUUUGCCUCCAUCUUCUGGCUCAAGAAGCGUGGCCUGAUGCCCGGUCUUACCUUCUCCAACGAGCUCAUCUCCCGCGACGAGGGUAUGCACACCGACUUCGCCUGCCUUCUCUUCUCUCUCCUCAAGAACAAGCCCAGCAUGGAGUCUGUCAAGGCCAUCAUCACCGAGGCCGUUGAGAUCGAGCAAGAGUUCCUCAGCGACGCUCUGCCAUGUGCUCUGCUCGGCAUGAACGCCAAGCUCAUGUGCCAAUACAUCGAGUUCGUUGCUGACCGUCUGCUGUUGGCUCUUGGCAACACCAAGGCUUACCACGCCACCAACCCCUUCGACUUCAUGGAGAACAUCUCGCUAGCCGGCAAGACCAACUUCUUCGAGAAGCGUGUCGGUGACUACCAGAAGGCUGGUGUCAUGGCUAGCACAAAGAAGCACGAGAAGGACGGCUCAUCAUCGCCCGUUCCUGAGCCGCAAGGCCAGUCCGGAGACUUCUGCUUCGAUGAAGACUUCUAGACGCCUCGCUUUGUUCUUUUGCUAUUUAUUUGCGAUUUAGUUACUGUACAACACUUUUGGACGCUUGGGUUUGGCACUGAUGCCGGGCAUCUUCGUUCACAUACCCCCUUUGCAUUUGUUGAAGUACCCACUCUUCGCACUUUGGAGUCAUGGCGUUGCUAGCUAGCUAGGAUGGGCCUCUUGGAUGAGAGAUGCGGUAGGAUAGCUAUGGAACGCGGCAGCGAUGGGAUCAACGACUUUAUCAUUUUGAAUAAUUACGAAUACACACCUUUACAUAUAC